CGGGCAGGUUGUAUUUUGUUUCAUAAGCGUUAAGAAUAAUUUUUUUUUUAAGAAUGCAAAAGAAAGCCGGUAGCGGCCUAAUGGGCUUUUUCAAAACUGAAGCAGGUCGUCAAGUAGUCUUCUAUGCGGCGGGCACCACUACACUUGGCCUUUUUGCUAUUAACUUUCUGCCACACUCGCUUGGACUAAAGUAUUACCGGGAAUUCGUGCAAUGUUAUCAAAAUGGAAUUGAAAGAGCUGUACCUGAAGCGGUACUGCGACGCGUAGAGCAAGCAAUGGAAAAAUUACAAGUGGACCCACGUGAGCGAAAGUUUGUGCAUCCAUUCACCGUAUUUGGCUUUGAUCUGUUUCAAGCGGGUACUACAAAAUUCCGUAACGGCGCCGCACUGGGAAUACCUGUAAACUAUGGCUAUGACAACCCAAGCGAAAUAAAGCGUGCAGAUAUACGCUUUCGUGACAAGCAAAUUGAUUGGAGCUCUGAGAGCGGUAAGCUGCUGGAACAGGCAAUUGUGUUAAAUGAGGAUGAGCAAGUAUUUGGAUUGAGCAAAGCCCUAUUGCAACUACAGACGCAUCGCGUGCUGCUUAAUUCCAUAUUUCCCAGCGUGAGCUUUUUAAUGGUCUACAGCAUGGGACAUUAUCUAAAUCACAGACUUAAUCUCUUUGCGCGACAUGGAAGUAUGCGGUUUGUUAUGUACAGCAUUUUGGGCUUGUUUGGCCUUGGCAGCUGGUGCUUUAUGAAAGAUUUCCAUCAGGUUAGCACCGAUGCUGAAAUUGAUAAGCAACUGGCUUCCAUGGGACCACAGUUUGUAGCUGCUGGCGUUAGCUUUUAUGACAAACAUCUCAAAAAGAAUAUUGCGCUGCGUAAUCUCAUUGGAGACAAUACCUACACCGCCCUAGGAAAUGAGAACUAUAUGCUGCGUCAAAAGUCCAUGCCGAUUACAGCACGCAAAUCAUUUUUCGAGGAAAAAUGGCAGCAGCUUCAAAAUCCACCAACAGAAGAAACGCAAUAAAUAUAAUUUUUAUACAUUUAUUGAAAUUGUUGGGAUUAUUUUAUACUUAAAAUCUAAAGAGUAACAUGAGCG